AUGUGGAACGCCAUUAAUCUCAAGAAAAAUGGUGAGCUUAUCAGUAUGGAUAUGAUAUUUAUCGAUGAAAAGGGUAAUUUGAUGCAUGGUAUAAUUAGGAAAAAUCAGGUUAACAGGCUCAAAGACAAGUUGAAUGAAGGUUCUGUAUUUAUCAUCAAGAACUUCAUAGUUGUUGAAAGCAUCGGGGGAUAUAGACCUGUUCAAAACUCAUUGAAAAUCAUUUUCUUUGCCUCAACUGCAAUCAAGAAUUUGUCUGAAGAUAUUGUUGAAAUUCCAAUAAAUGGUUUUGAAUUUAUUAAUCCAGAUGUGAUUGACUCAAGGGUGAACAAAAACAUUGUCCUAUCAGGUGAGGUUAGCUUCUCCACCACCUAUGCAAGCAAAAUAUAUGUGAAUCUUGAUAUAGAUUACAUAAGAUCUUUGGCUCCAAAAUUUUCCACCAUGUCCACAGAAGCUCAAAUUAUAAAAAGCUCUAAUGUUAACAGUCUUCCUCGUGAGGAAGAGAUGUUUUUGAACCGUAUGGACAUUAAGGAGUUGUUGGAGGCUGAGUGGAGCUCUGAACUACAGGAAUACAUUGUUACAGUGAAGAACAAGGUAAUAGAAAUAUAUAACUAUUUUGGUUGGUACUACAUUUCAUGCAAUGUGUGCUCGAAGAAGAUUGAACCAACAAAUAGUAUUUAUCGAUGCCACAAUUGCAAUAAAGAUUGCAAAUUUCCUUUGGUCAGGUACAAGAUGCACCUAAAAGUGACAGAUAGGACCGCAGACACUACUUUUAUCUUAUUUAAUGCGGUGGCUGAGAAACUCCUUGAUACAUCAGCUCACAUCAACAAGCUUACUACAACUAACAAUGAUGUGCCUGUCCAAGUCCAAAGCCUUUGCGGGAAAGAAUUUGUUUUUAAACUGAGAUUAAAUCACUAUAAUUUGAAAGAAGGUCUUGAGAAUUUUACAAUAUCAAAGCUUUGGAUUUCAGAUGAUAAUUUGGAAGUACAAUACAAACUAAGGAAAGAAGAAAAGGGAAGAACUUAUCCAAAAAUGAAACCGACCCAAAGAUCAGGGAACCAACGGAUGGACCAAACAUAUGGCUCGAUUGACGGAGUUCGAUCGACGUUAUCUAUGUACAACCUUCGGUUGGCAAAGUUUGACGAUGUUUGCUGUGUACAGACUCCAAUCGAUGGAGUUCGGUCAAUGUUUUAUAUGUACAGCCUUCAGUUGGCAAAGUUUGACGAUAUCUGUUGUGUACAGCCUCCGAUUGGUGGAGUUCGAUCGACUUUUGCUAUGUACAACCUUUGGUUGGCGGAGUUUGACGAUAUCAAGUAUGUAUAG